GUGAAUCACGACGAUGAAGCUUCUGUAGAGGACUCAUUGGCAUUCAAUCGGUCUAAACCCGAGUGGACCUGCUAAAAUGUAUAAAAGCCCUCUUGGAUUUCAGUGUAGUAUAUCGACGAAGUUCCUUUUUACUAUCCCUGAACAUGCAGCUCUCUGUGCUCUUUAGUGCACUUAUAUCUUUUGUGAUCCUUGCUGCAGCGUCACCUACCCCAGAGGCCUUCUCGAAGCGUCCCUCCAAGCGAGAGAACCCUGGCAACGACUUUCAACGCGAUCUCCUAGAAAAAAGUAAGAAGCGCGAGGAGCUUGGGACCGACCUCAUAGAAUAUAUUGAAUACAUCACAGACGGUUCAAGCAGCAUUUCUGGAGGUAGGAUGCACUUAUCUCAUAGAAUAUCUUGACUACAUCACAGACGGUUCAAGCAG